AAUAGCAUGAGGGCAGGCUUUACAAUGAGCAAACUACAGCGGAUUACUGCCAUUGGAAGAGUCUGCACAAGUUUUUGAGAGCGUAGAUAUGUGGCCAAUUUGUUUUUCUGUUACAUUUGCCGGACAUUAAGGACUGGAGCGUAACCAUGGACACGGAUAAUGAAUUUGAACAGAGAGAUGUCAAUAAUGCCCACAUUGACUCUCCAGAGCCAUCACAGAGGAUGACAAAACAGCAGAUCCUCACCCUCAUUUCUAUAGCAUCAGUGAACUUCAGCUCAAUGAUAUGUUACUCAAUUUUAGGUCCUUUUUUCCCAAAUGAGGCUGUAAAAAAAGGUGCCAGUCAAACUGACAUAGGCCUCAUAUUUGGCUGCUAUGCUGUCUGUAAUUUAAUUGGUUCAUUAAUUUUAGGAAAAUAUAUUGUCCAAAUAGGUGCAAAGUUUAUGCUUGUUGCAGGACUAUUUGUGUCAUCAGGAUGCACCAUAAUAUUUGGAUUACUGGACCGUGUACCUGCAGGCCCUCCUUUCAUUGCUCUGUGUUUUAUAGUGCGGUCCAUAGAUGCGUUGGGCUUUGCUGCUGCAAUGACCUCUUCUUUUGCACUGACAGCGAAAAUCUUCCCCAACAAUGUGGCAACUGUUUUGGGUAGUCUGGAGAUCUUCACUGGCCUUGGGCUGAUCCUGGGACCACCAGUCGGGGGAUGGUUUUACCAGUCUUUUGGAUAUGAAGUCCCAUUCAUGCUUCUUGGCUGUUUCCUCUUAAUUAUGGUCCCCUUCAAUAUUUACGUCUUACCCACUAUUGAUGCGGAUCCAUCCAAAGACUCCUUCUUUCGUCUUCUGAAGAAUUUAAAAAUACUCCUUAUCAGCUAUGUCAUAUUCACAUUAAGUGCAGGCUUGGGUUUCCUGGAUACAACAUUGUCACUUUUUGCCAUUGAGAAGUUCAAUCUCUCCCCAGGCUAUGUUGGCCUCAUCAUGCUUGGCUUGUCUUUACCUUACUGCCUGGCAUCUCCACUGAUGGGCUAUUUCACUGAUAAAUAUCCUGCCACCAGGAGUUGGUUUAUGGUGACCGGGGGGUUCGCUACUGCAGUUGGUUUCUGUCUGCUUGGCCCUGCUCCAUUUUUGAAUAUUUCUGGGCCGCUGUGGCUGUUGGUUGUCAUGCUCGGUGUAAUUGGGUUUUCUCUGGGCAUGACUGCUCUCCCUACGUUCCCAGAGAUCAUCACAUGUGUGUAUGACCAAGGAUUUGAGGAAGGCCUGAGCACACUGGGGAUGGUGUCUGGCUUGUUUGGAGCAGUUUGGUCCUUUGGCAUGUUUUAUGGACCCAUCGUCGGCGGUCUUAUUACACAGAACCUAAGCUUUGAGUGGGCAGCAGUGAUACAAGGAGGACUGGCCUUUGUGGCUGCAUUUUUACUGGGUCUACACUACAUCUUUCACAAACCGCCAACACAAAGGCAAAUAACUGAAUUAACAACACAAGAAGAAACCUCUCCACUUCUGAAUCCAUAAAGCUCAAAAUG